AUGGCAGUGGCCUUCACUUUAGCGUCCUGGCCAGCACCAGCACCCAGCGAUGCCCCGACCCUCCGUUCCCGCGCCCCGUUUGGGGGCAGCUCCUGGGCAAGUGGAAGUGGCGUGAGUGGCGUGAGUGGCGUGGCGCUGCUGGGCUUUGCCGCGGCGCUGGGCAGCGUGGCCAAAGUGACCAAAGUGGCGCGACGGGCGACGCCUUCGACGCCUGCAACGCCUUCGACGUCCAGGAGGGAAGUGCUACGCCUGGGCGGUGCAGGGGCUGCGAGUGCCGUGAUGCCGCAGGUGGCCUUGGCCAAGACGAAGCAGGAGGCCGUCGACGAGCUCAAGUCGUACGGCAUGGCCGACAUCGUGCCCAGUGAGGAUCCGCCAUCAGGUUGGCAGUGGGUGGUCGAAGGUAUUGGCCUUACCCAGGACGCAUACAUGAACAACCAGAAAUUCUUGACUUCCGAGCCCACCAUUACGCGCUUCUUGGCACCACCUUUCUGGAACGUUGCUACUCCGAGAAUCGACUACAACGGCGCUUCCGGAACCAUUCAGAUCAACAACUAUGGCAAGGGUGACUCAGCCACCAUCUUCAUUGACACCGAGUUCAAGGGCAAUUUGAGCGACAUGAAGAAUGCUGACUACAAAAAGACCUUCUAUCGUGCUUUGACCUUGAAAGGCUCCGGAUCUUUGCAAGGUUUGUCCAUCGGCAAAGUCACAGACUUGGAGGGUGCGCCAGGAUACAAGCUGGUGGAGUUGACCUGGACUUUAUUCACCGGAGCAGGGUUUGAGAUCGACCGAGAUGGCUUUGCAGUGAUGACACAGCUGACCCCUGGAGGACCUUUGCAAAUCCUGUGGGGUGGUGUCGUGUCUACACGCUUCAAGGAGAUGAAGGACACCUUGCUGCAGAUUGUGAAGAGCUUCCGAUGUGCCAAGGUCCCACAGGGUAUCAAGAUCGACAUGAAAAAAGAGUACAAAGAUUUCAGCACCAACUUCAGAGAGGACAUCGUGGAAGAGCGGCAGAGGCAGCGUGAAGAAGAGCGCAUCUUACAAUUAAAAGCGACGCAGCCCUGCCGCUUUGGCAAGAAAUGCAAGAAGCGCGACUGCCCCAAUGCUCACCUGGAAGGCCGCGAAAUCGACUCAGAGUUGAAUCCGUGUGCUUUCGGACGCCGCUGCAAGAGGCAGGGCUGUUUCUAUGACCAUCCAGAUGGUCGGCUCAUCGAUGCUGACCCUACCAAGGGAAUGUGUAAAUUCGGCGUCCAGUGUGCGCGGGCUGACUGUCUCUACUCACAUCCCGAAGGGCGUGCUGCUGUGGGACUGGAGCCGAAAGUUUGCUUCUUUUGUCACCAAGAUGGUCAUAUCGCAACGGAGUGCCCUCGAAAUCCAGAAAGCUGGUGCUACGACCGAUCGGCCGCCAUGCGGGCAGCGCAGGGCGAGAUCAAGGCCCUCACCGCAGGUUAA